UUUACGUCACCAAAAUAGCCCUAAAAAACCCAGAUUCUUUUAUCGAAAUAAAAAUUGAAACAAUAGCAAACAUUCUACUUAGACUACCUUAACGAAAACAUAUGGGCAUGUUAAAUACAGUACUUCAUAAAAUUUUAAUGUGUUUUCUCGAAUAGAGUUUAGUAUCUCAUGACCACUAAAUGAAUAUGAUUAUUUGGUAAUAGACACAUGUCAUCUUUACCUUAAUCUUCUGAAAUUUUGAUGCAAAAGAGCUUAAGUUAUAAAAGUAGCGAAGUCUGCAUACGUGUACAUCUUAUAUUGUAGCUUAAACCAAACUUACGAUAAAUAUAAAGCUACUUAUUAAAAACUAUUGAUAUUUAAAGGAUUUGUGACACAAUUUUUAUUAACUUUAUAUAUCCUAUAAAUAUCUCUGAUAAAUCAGUUUCUGUCUGUAAUUAAUGUAACACUGGUCAGGUUUUACUGCAUUCACUGAUAACACAGAGAUAAAUGCAGCCUGCUGAGUCCAGCAGCUAGCGUUAAUGAGCUCUGGCCAUGACGUCAGAGGUUCGCCAGCACUCUCCCCACUGUUAUCAAACAUCACUCUCCUCUCUGUUAUCAAACACACAGCAAAUCAUUCAAGCAAGUUUAAAAUAAUGGAAACACUGGAAGAUGAAAUUCCAAACGUUGAUCUUUCUGAUGCUGAAAACAUUAGACCGUAUCAGUUUGAACCUUUGGCUAACACUAGUGAAACUCCAAGAAGUGCUACACCAGACAAUGAUAGUUCUGAUGUAGAGGACUUUCAGGAUAGACAAGUCAAUACUAAUUGGUGUGAAUGUGGCAUUUGCAUUUCCAUGGCAACUCAACAAGAGUGCAUUUGUUGUCAGGAAAUAGCAGCAAUUAGUGCAGAAGUUGAGGCAGGGGCCCACCUAUGCAUAACAGAAAGUCCAAUAUUUACAGACAAUUUUCUAAAUCGACAUGUUUUACACGUUUCAAUGUAUGAAUAUUUACAAAAUGUGGGACCAAUCGAUGACAAUCAACCAUCUCACCAGGUAUACAGACAUCUUGCCUAUAGACGGUUUGUCAGGUGGAUUUGGCACUUCUUAGGAAAAAGCAACAGAAAAAUAUUACCUGCAUGUGUGGUAUCCAAAAUAAGAGAGACAUUUCCAUCAGAACAAUAUUGUGGUUUUAGAUAUGCCAGAUGAAAAGCAAACAGAAAAGGCACAUCUCACACAAUCAGUCCUAUAAUUAAUAAAUAGUUAUACAUUUCAUCUUGUUUGUAUAAUGUAGUUUUUUAUAGUGUUCAUAAUUUAUCUUCUUGCAUAUCUUGAUGAAUGCCUGCG